CACAAGUCAGAGGAACCAGUAUCUACAGGUUAAAAGGAGGACAUAUGGAUUACAGGGGUUGCUGAAGGGCCGAUCAAGGCUCUGCGCAAAGUGCUUUAGUGGAGGAGCUUGAUGACGUAGAGACUAUUGUGGGGAAAGGCAUUCAAGCCAAUUGGAAUGGUUCUAUCGUUCGUGGAGGAAGCGUUGGCUGGUGCGCUGUGCAAGAGGUUGAUUGAGUAGCCACCAUGCUAGACGCCGGAAAGAGCGUCUUCGCUAUCACGGUUGACCGUGUCUUCCUCGCCGCCUUCGGACUGGAGGAUGAUAUUCGUCCUGAGAGCACCGAGGUUGUGUCAUCUCUGGUGGCGCGAGGGAUCUCAGUAUCCAUGCUCAGUGGCGACCAUCAGAAAGCCGUCGACGGAGUAUGUCGUCAGCUAGGAGUCAAAGGUGUCCAGGCGAGGGGGAAUUGCUUACCUGAAGACAAACGUGAUAUUGUGCGUAUAACUUCGUGGAGCGCAUCGUGUGCCCCAGGCGACGUAAGAGUCCGGGCAUGAUAAUGGCAAUAACCGUGCGCAGGAAUGGUCACAACAAAAGAACUUCGUGGUCUUCGUGGGGGACGGAAGUAAUGAUACUGCAGCUCUCGCCCAAGCAGAUAUCGGUGUGUCCCUGGUGUCGGGCACAGCUAUAGCUAUUAAUUCAGUAGAUGUCGUUAUACUUUCCGGUGGCCUCAAAGGACUUGUCCAGACUAUCAUGGUGUCGCGCAUGACAUGGAGGCGUAUUCUGCUGAGCCUCGCCUGGGCGCUGUUGCACAAUGUUCUGGCAGUACUGUUUGGAUCUGGACUACUUGUCGAGAUCCGCAUAGAACUGCAGUGGGUGGGACUGGGUGAAAUUGCGUCCGUGGUGCCGGUGCUGUCUAUUGCUCAGUCGUGUCUUUUGGUCAAG